AAACCGGCCUGCGAGGCUUGCUCGGAGGUGGAGCCUGGCUACGGAAGUGAAGAGCAAGCCGGAAACGUUGCAGCGGCCCGGACUUGGCUGUUGCGGCUGGCUGAGGCUGGUGGCGUCGUCGUCGUCGUCGUUGCUCGGGCCCUUUUCGGUGGCCCGCGGACUACUGCGCGUCCUUUCCGAAGAGAAGCGGCCGAGGCCAGGCUGUCGCCAUCAUGCACGACGCCUUCGAGCCGGUGCCGAUCUUGGAAAAGCUGCCGCUGCAGAUCGACUGCUUGGCGGCUUGGGAAGAGUGGCUCCUAGUUGGGACUAAACAAGGGCAUCUUCUCCUUUACAGAAUUCGAAAAGAAACUGGUUGCAACAGGUUUGAAGUCACACUAGAAAAAUCAAACAAGAACUUCUCCAAGAAGAUACAGCAGAUCCAUGUUGUAUCCCAGUUCAAAAUUUUGGUCAGUUUAUUAGAAAACAACAUUUAUGUUCAUGAUCUGCUGACCUUUCAACAGAUCACAACCCUUUCUAAGGCAAAAGGUGCAACUCUUUUCACUUGUGACCUGAAGCACUCCGAUACUGGGGAAGAAGUCCUGAGAAUGUGCGUGGCAGUGAGAAAGAAGCUACAACUGUUUUACUGGAAGGACCGGAAGUUCCAUGAGCUGCAGGGAGAUUUCAGUGUGCCAGAUGUACCCAAAUCAAUGGCAUGGUGUAAAGAUUCGAUCUGUGUUGGUUUCAAGAGGGAUUAUUAUCUAAUAAAGGUAGAUGGGAAGGGAUCGAUUAAAGAACUCUUCCCCACAGGAAAGCAGCUUGAGCCACUAGUAGUCCCAUUGGCAGAUGGCAAAGUUGUUGUGGGCCAAGAUGAUCUAACUGUUGUGUUAAAUGAAGAAGGAAUCUGUACGCAGAAAUGUGCCUUCAACUGGACAGAUAUCCCAAUAGCCAUGGAACAUCAGCCUCCAUACGUGAUAGCAGUAUUGCCAAGAUACGUAGAGAUUCGUACGUUUGAGCCCCGUCUCCUGGUUCAGAGUAUUGAACUGCAGCGGCCACGCUUCAUUACUCUGGGAGGUCCUAAUAUUGUAUAUGUGGCCAGCAAUCAUUUUGUUUGGCGCCUCAUUCCAGUUUCCAUCGCAACCCAGAUCCAGCAGCUUCUCCAAGAUAAACAGUUUGAAUUGGCUUUGCAGUUAGCGGAUAUGAAAGACGAUUCUGACAAUGAAAAACAACAACAGAUCCAUCAUAUUAAGAAUCUUUAUGCCUUCAACCUUUUCUGCCAAAAGCGCUUUGAUGAAUCAAUGCAAGUCUUUGCUAAACUUGGGACAGAUCCCACACAUGUGAUAGGUCUCUAUCCUGAACUGCUGCCCAGUGAUUACAAGAAACAGCUCCAAUAUCCAAAUGCAGUGCCAGUUCUCUCUGCGGCAGAGUUGGAGAAAGCACACCUAGCACUUAUAGAUUACCUAACUCAGAAAAGAUGUCAGUUAGUGAAGAAGCUGUAUGAUUCUGACCAUCAGUCCACUACAUCUCCCCUCAUGGAGGGAACUCCUACCAUCAAAUCCAAAAAGAAAUUGAUACAGAUAAUUGAUACUACCCUGUUGAAAUGCUACCUCCAUACAAAUGUAGCCCUGGUGGCACCAUUACUGAGACUGGAGAACAAUCAUUGCCAUAUUGAGGAAAGUGAGCAUGUGCUCAAGAAAGCUCACAAAUACAGUGAAUUAAUCAUACUGUAUGAGAAGAAAGGUCUCCAUGAAAAGGCCUUGCAGGUGCUGGUGGAUCAGUCCAAGAAAGCUAAUUCUCCUCUGAAGGGCCAUGAAAGAACUGUUCAGUAUUUACAACAUUUGGGAACAGAAAACUUGAACUUAAUAUUUUCCUAUUCUGUUUGGGUACUUAGAGAUUUUCCUGAAGAUGGAUUAAAAAUAUUUACAGAAGAUCUUCCCGAGGUGGAAUCCCUCCCACGAAAAAGGAUUCUGAACUUCUUGUUGGAAAACUUUAAAAACCUGGCUAUUCCUUACUUGGAGCAUGUAAUUGAGGUCUGGAAAGAGGCUGGUUCAGAGUUCCACAAUUGCCUGAUUCAGCUCUACUGCGAGAAAGUUCAAGGCCUAAUGAAGGAAUAUCUCAGCUCGUUCCCUCCAGAAAAAGCACCGGUACCAGCUGGAGAGGAAGAGGGGGAGCUUGGAGAAUACAGGAAAAAACUUCUUUCCUUUCUUGAGAGUUCCAGUUAUUACAAUGCUGAGCAACUCAUCAGUGACUUUCCCUUUGAUGGACUCCUUGAGGAACGUGCGCUGCUCUUGGGACGGAUGGGGAAUCAUGAACAAGCUCUGUUUAUAUAUGUUCACAUCCUGAAGGAUACCAAGAUAGCUGAAACUUAUUGUCAUACACACUAUGACCGAAGCAAAGAUGGCAACAAAGAUGUAUAUUUGUCUCUGCUUCGGAUGUAUCUUUCACCACCUAGUGUUCAUUGCUUGGGACCAAUCAAGAUGGAACUCUUAGAGCCACAAGCCAAUCUUCAAGCUGCGUUGCAGGUUUUGGAACUUCAUCACAGCAAAUUGGACACUACUAAAGCAAUAAAUCUCCUUCCAGCAAAUACUCAAAUUAGUGAGAUCCGAAUAUUCUUGGAAAAAGUCCUUGAAGAAAAUGCCCAAAAGAAACGAUUCAAUCAGAUACUUAAAAAGCUUCUCCACGCUGAAUUCCUAAGAGUACAAGAAGAACGGAUUUUACAUCAGCAGGUGAAAUGUAUAAUCACAGAAGAAAAAGUUUGUGGUGUGUGUAAAAAGAAGAUUGGAAAUAGUGCCUUUGCCCGGUUUCCUAAUGCAGUUGUUGUGCAUUAUUUCUGUUCCAAAGAUGUUGGCUCAAUGGACACCUGAAAACAUUGUCAUGCAUUACAUGGACUGGGUGGUCAUGAUGUUCAUAUGGAAGGAGAGAGAACAUUUGAUAAGCAGUUGAUUUCUCUAAAGAAUCUUCCAAGGCAUGUUGCUUGCAAACAGCUUGAGCCCUCCAUUGCUUCACUGGAUGACUUGUAAUUUGCCCAGCGUGGACUGAGUAAAAACAACCAGAUUUAAACUAUAGUUAUAUACACUUAGCAGCAGGUUAACCUCAUAGCACUUUAGCUUGAGGAAGAAUGCAAACUAAAAAUUAGUGGGUUACUGUUAUACUCCAGAUCUGUAGGAUUUCCUACUGAAGGAAAACGGAUGCUGAAAAUUAGAGAAGCAAAUUGCAUUUUGGGUAUAAUUCACCAUUCAAAUCCAAGGUGAGGAAAAGAUCUUAUAUUUUAUCAGUGUUGUAUUGAAAUCUUCUUUAAUCGGCCAUUUGGAGGCAGGUACUACCAAAAAGGCUGUACUUAGAUUUUCUUUCCUUCUAAUAGUGAAGAUAACUAGGUACUGAUAAGAAAACUUUGUAUCUGAAGGGGUUAUCAGCAGUAAUAGUUCCAAAGGAACUAAUCUCAUACAGUAUGAUCAGAAUUGGUAUUUUUUAGUUUAAUUUUUUGAAAAUACUAAUGGGCUUACUAUUUGCACUGUGUUUAGUCACUACCAUUAUGAGUGUAAUGAAAAUGGCAACAGUUUUGAAGGAAAACUAGCACUUGCACUUUUACAGAAAAGAGAAAAAAGUAAUCUCUUAAGAUUUUAAAGACGGCAUGUUUUCAUACUGCUGGAACAUCUGAUCUCAGUUUAAAGACAGCAUUGUACUGAAAUAUUUAAGCCUUUUGUGCACUCCCUCCUUCAGGUAGAUCAGACACGUAUUUAAUGUCAGUAUUUUGAGUUUCUUAUACCCAUUCAGGUUGGCGCUCUUUGGUUGCUUGAUGUGCCUAAAUUACUUUUUUAUAUUGGAAGAAACUAGUUUGCAAAAUACAUCGUAGGAUGUCAUAGUAUCAACAUAAAAAUAAACCCAGGAGCAGUCAUUCAUUAGCUGAAUGAGGAAUUACCUCAGCUUGGUUCAAUGUUGUUAUCUUACUUUAUUGUAUUUUGUAAAUUUGAUAACGCAGCUUGAGGCAUACGAUCCAUUUACUGAUCUGGCCUAAAAUGUAAAGAUGGCCCAAGAAAAGUUGGUUAAGAUUUUUUUUUUUUAAAUAAUGUUUGAAUUUCAAUUAUAAUAUAUGGUUGUUAUGGUUAGAGUUGGACAAGGAUAGGUUUAGUAUAUAAUACACUGCAAAAACAGCUUGGUGUUUUGUAAUAUUUGUUUUCCUGAUAACCUUUGUUCUAUUUCCAGUUGAAUCUAUUCCAGAGGGUGUAUCUCUUUCUGAUUAUGUGCAGUUAAUCGCAUAUUACUGCAGGUUUUAGGAUUAAUUCAUUUGUGAAAUUGAGUAGUCUUGGGGAGGGUGGAACAAAGUACUUCUCUUCUUCACAUGGAAGAAAUACAAUGCUAUUGGAUUUUGUGCAUUUGUUCAGAAACUUUUAUAAAGUAGGGCAGAUAACUGUCAUUGGCGAUUAAAUGAAAUAUGUAAUGGAUAAUGGACUGUUACUGCAAAACAGAUUAUGAACUCUGCUGACCAUUCUGACACACUUUAAGAUGUGUUUGCUGCCAAGCAAGUAAGCGAGCCACUGAGGCUUCUGGUAGGUAUGUUGCUUUUCCUUCACAGCAAGUUUUUAUGUGCCUUGGUUCAGCUUCCUGUAUCUUUGGAAGAGAUGUUGCUCGUGUUGUCAUUGCCUGCUGGUAAUCUUGUAUAAGAAUCUGGGACUCACCGAUUGUACAGCGGGCUUAUUUAAAGUAAUAAAGUAUAACAUUUUGAGAAAUUGGCAUUGCUAAACUGUUUUUCCCUGAAUAAAAAUAUUUCUUCUUUGAAA